CAUUCUUUCGCAAACACGCAAAAAAAAAAAAAAAAUCUCAAAGUCUUGUCUCGUUCUCGUUGUCUGUGAAAUCUCAAAACACAUCAUAAUAUAAUAAUGGGUGGGUUGAAGAGGAAGAUUGAUACAGGGAAGAAGAUAGAUGGGAAAAAUCCACGAGCGGUUGCUUUCUCUAAACGUCGUAAGGGUCUUUUCAACAAAGCCUCAGAGCUUUGUCUUCUCUCCGACACACAAAUCGCGAUUUUAGCGACUCCAAUUUCUUCUAAUUCACACGCCUCUUUCUACUCUUUUGGCCACUCCUCUGUCGACAAUGUUGUUUCAGCUUUCCUCGCGGGUCAGACUCCUCCUCGGGAUGAUGAUGAUGAUGAAAAGUUAGGGUUUUGGUGGGAAGAUGAGAGUCUCGGCAAUUCACAGAAUCCGGAGGAAUUGGGUUGUGCGAUUGAUUCGAUGAGGAAGAUGUUACACGAUCUGAAGGAGUUGAAAAAUAAGCAAAGAGAUCGUGUGGACGUAACUCAUCAGCAGCAAACCCUAGAUCAUCAACCCUGUUCUUCAAGUCUGUGCGUUGAAGUAGAUGAUGUAUCUGUGAACGUCCAAGGGUUUCAAGACAAGAACAGUGUAGAUGAUGAUGUAUCUGUGAAUGUGCAAGGGUUUCAAAACAAUACUGAUGAAGAACAAACCCUACCCAACAACGACGGUUUACUUGGGAGCUUCGAUGGAUGCAAUCAAGAGUUUGAUCUUGAUCAAUUAUAUGAUUUUGUGACGAAAUCUGAAGAUCUUUGGAAGGAUAUGGAGAUGUAUGAUGUUUGUGUGGACGUGGAGAAGGAGAAGGGUGGUUCACACGUAACUCAUCAGCAGCAAACCCUAGAUCAUCAACCCUGUUCUUCAAGUCUGUUCGUUGACAUAGAUGAUGAUGUAUCUGUGAAUGUACAAGGGUUUCACAACAACAACACUGAAGAACAACAACAAGCCCUAGCGGUUUCUGGGAGCUUCGAUGAAGAGCUUGAUGUUGAUGAUAUAUGGAAGAAUUUGGAGUUGGAUGAUUUAACUGUGAAUCUCCAAGGGUUUCAAAACAAUACUGAUGAAGAACAAACGCUAGCGAAUGAUGACGGUUUACAUGGGAGCUUCGAUGGGUGCAAUCAAGAGUUUGAUAUUGAUCAAUUAUAUGAUUUUGUGACAAAAUCUGAAGAUCUAUGGAAGGAUAUGGAGAUGUAUGAUGACUGUCUCUAUUGAUUUGGGAUAUUGAUCCAACUCAAACCGGUCGCUUAGCCUUAGCAUUAU